AUGUCUGCAGCUCCAUCCACGCAAAUCGAUGUCAAGGACUUGUCUCUUGCCCAACUCAAAGAGGUCCAACUACAAUUGCAAAAUGAAAUUAACCAUCUUCAAGAUUCACUUGAACAGCUUUUGAUGGUUCAAUCGCGGUUCCGAGAAUGUGCUGGAUCUGUGGAUCAGCUAACUGGAGGAGCACAUCCUGCACAAGGAGGACAGUCCAUUCUUGUUCCAUUAACAAGUUCAUUAUAUGUUCCUGGAAAGAUUCCUGCAGACCAGACUCCUGAAAACAGCACAUUUAUGGUUGAUGUUGGAACCGGGUACUAUGUGGAGAAGAAUGGAGUUGAGGCCAAGAAGUUUUUCAUUGCAAAGACAGAAAAACUGGACGAAAAUAUGAGAGAUUUGAAAAGGAUUAUUGAAGAUAAGGUCAAGAAUUUCAAUGUGAUUCAAACAGUCAUGAAGGAAAAGAUUAUAGAGCAACAGCAGCAGCAACAACAAGCGCAGGCUCAAGCAAAGAAGGUACCUGCGUAA